AUGUCGGAUUUGCAGCGACAGCGAGGUUCAGGGCAGACAUGGUCAUUUCCACUGUGGUGUGACAUCUGUGGAAGAGGACACUUGGGUCAAUGCCGAGCAGGUUCUGACACUUGUUAUAUAUGUGGGCGUCCGAGGCAUAUAAUGCAAGAUUGCCCAAGUAGAGAUUCUGGGUCUAUGGCAGAACCAACGAGUUCAACAGUAGGAUCGUCUAUGUUUGUGCGUCCUUCAGGGCACGAUUCUCAGUCUUCGUCUAGUAGAGGUCGAGGCAGAGGUAGAGGUUCCAAUUCAGGAGGUGUGGAAGGAGCAGCUAAAGGAUUUGCUGGAGAAAGAUUUCAUCAGACCCAGCACCUCACCUUGGGGUGCACCGGUACUGUUUGUGCGGAAGAAAUAUGGAUCUCUAAGGAUGUGUAUUGA